GUCCUUAUUAGAAGGUGAGUUAAGUUGUCUUUGAAAUUACUCAGCUGUUUUGCAUGUUUUUAGUGAUGAAUGUUGAUUGUCAAUAUAAACUAUGAAUAUUUACCACGGUUAUCGACAAAUUGUUGUUUUGUUUGUUUUAUUCAUUUUCAUUACAGUCGUUCAUUUGUUAUUACCUGUAAAGUAGAUAUCUAGAAUUCAAAUAAAUGGUAUUUAUUUCCUUAUAGUUUUUAAAAGUAGUGAUUAAGUACAUACACUAAAAUUUUAUUGUUGACAGCCCUAUUUAGUAACUGAAUACAUAAAAUGCAUAAUUUCUUUUUUUAUGCUUUAUUGAUAGACAUGUUAUUAGUAUCUAUCUUCAUCUAUGAUCUCUGAUAGGUACUACGUAACGUUUUAUCAAUUAUCACUAUAUUAUUAUUAUGUAUAUCUGACAGUUUUUUAAAUUUUAAAUAUUAUGUUUGUCAUUUAUAACUAGCGUUAUGUUAAUUUUUACAUCAUGAAUGAUUAAUCGCUUUGCAAUUUCUGCCAGAACAUUUUAUAAAUUUUUAUAACAUUAUGAGAAAUAGAAGUAGAAUUGCAAGCCAGUCUGAUCAAUCGGAUGAUCAAAUAUUUACACCAAUUGUUCACACUAGAUCCAAAUUUUCAACACUAAAUCAUAAUGAAAGUAGCCAUAAUCACGAUGCUGAUGACUCACAUAUUGAAGGAACAAGACGCAGUACAAGAAAACGAAAGUUAAGAUAUGAAAAUUAUAGUGAUACAUGGAUUGUUGGUUCCCAAGCUCUCAAGGGAUAUCCUAACAUGAUGAAUGAAGAAGAUGUACCAAGAAGAAUAACUAGAAAUUUAAGGCACAAACAAUUAGUUGAAGCAGAUGAUGAUGAUGAUUUUGAUGAUGAUGUAGACGAUAAAGAAGAAGAAACUGUUGAAAAAAAUGAAGGUACAUCCCAUAGUGUUAAUUUUAAAGAAGAAGAUGUUACAAAUGAUAAUGUAAGUGACCAUCGUCCACGAACAAGACGAGCUGUAGCUGAGGCUAGUGAUAAGUCAAAUGAUCAAAGUAAUGAAAAAUGUGAUGAUUUAUAUUCUCGUAUAAAACAUACACGUAGACGAUUAGCUUCUCAAAUCCAGAAUAAAACUAAUACAACUGAACAAAGCAGUGAUGAAUCAAUUAUGUCUGAAGAUAAUUUAAGCAAUAUUGAAGAUUAUUUAACUUCAAUUAACAAAAUAAAUGUUGACAAGAAAAGAAGAACUAUAAGAUUAAGACAAUGCAGUAUUAGACAGUCUAAUCGACCUCGUUAUUACCGAUAUAGCUUAAGAAAAGUGAAACCAACAGUGCAAAGAUUUCAAAUUCAUGCUGAACAAAAUAUUAGGGCUGCGAAAACUCCAUCUAGAAUGGUGAAUGGACCAAGGAAACGUCACGUUUCUACAUCUGAAGAUUCUACAAGUAAUUCUGGACUGUCUGAUAAUGAUUUAGAAACUUCAAUUAAUCAAACACAAGUUAUAAAAAAACCAAAAAACAAAGGUCAUAAUGUAAGGGAUGAUAAAAAUACAAAGAAGUCUUCUUUGGAAGACAUAAAACCAGUAGUCGUUGAUAGUGGUAUUGGAUUUCAUAAUAUUGGUGGUUUACAAGAACAUAUUGACUGUCUUCGAGAAAUGGUGGUUUUCCCCAUUAUUUAUAAAGAUGUUUUUGAAGUAUUUGAACAACAACCAGCAAAAGGAGUUAUUUUUCAUGGACCUCCAGGAACAGGAAAAACUCUUCUUGCUAGAGCUUUAGCUAAUGAAUGUAGUAAAGGGGGACAAAAAGUAUCUUUUUUUGUUCGAAAAAGUGCAGAUGUACUUUGUAAAUGGGUUGGUGAAUCAGAAAGACAGCUGAGACUUCUUUUUGAUAAAGCUAAAGAAAUGAAACCUUCUAUUAUAUUUUUUGAUGAACUUGAUGGCUUAGUACCUGUUCGGUCUGGUAAACAAGAUCAAGUACACAAUAGUAUAGUUACUACAAUGUUGGCUAUGAUGGAUGGUUUAGAAAAUCGAGGUGAUGUUAUAGUAAUUGGUGCUACAAAUCGCAUUGAUUCAAUUGAUCCAGCUCUUAGAAGACCUGGACGUUUUGAUAAAGAAUUAUACUUUCCACUGCCUUCAGAUAAAGAUAGAUUAGAUAUUUUAAGAAUAGUAAUAAGUAAAUGGAAAUGUGCCCCUGAAGAUGGAGUAUUGCAAAGAUUGGCUGAAGAAACUGUUAAUUAUACUGGUGCAGAUCUAAAUUCUUUAUGCUCUGAAUCAGUAUUACAAGCUCUUAAUCGUACAUACCCACAGAUUUACAAAACAUCAAAACGUUUACUUUUAGAUAAAUCAAAAAUCAAAGUAACAUUUGAAGACUUUGAAAAAGCAUUGAGUAAAAUUGUUCCGACUACUGAGCGUAAUGUUGUUCUUAAUCCAAAGAAAUUACCAAGUAUUUAUCGUUCAUUGUAUCAAAACAUACUAGAGGAUUUUGUUUUAUAUAUUAGUAAUUUAUUUCCUGAAAUAAAUUCACAUUCCAAUCAAAGGUUGAGAGUUUCAAAAGCUCCACGUGUUCUUAUACACAGUCUGUCUAAUUCUAAAAAUGUUCUUGUUAUCCCAGCAGUGUUACAACAUUUUGAAAACUGUUAUAGACAUACAUUAAGUUGUGUAACAUUGUACAGUAAUUCAACUAACUCACCGGAAGAGUCAAUAGUUCAGAUAUUUAAAGAACUGCCAAAACAUCUUCCUGCAAUUUUAUUUAUUCCUAAUAUUGGAGAGCUAUGGGAAAGUUUGACUGACACCUUACAGAAGUUAUUUGCUGAACUUUUAGAUUCUAUAGAUAUAACAUUACCUGUACUGAUUUUUGCUACAUCACUGUAUGACUAUAAAGAUCUCCCGAAACCGAUAUUAGAUUUAUUUUUUGGAGAAAAACGAAAAUACAUGAUUCCUAAUCCAUCAAAAAAGGCUAUACAUGCUUUAUACACUGAACUCAUAUGCAAGGCAUUAAAACCACCAAAGAUAAUUGAACCAGAAACUGUGGAAGAUCUACCAUUAGCUCCUACGCCUAGUCCACCAAAGCUAAGUGAAGCUGAAUUAAAAAAAAUAAUAUGUCAAGAAGAAAAUACACUUCGAGAAUUAAGAAUUUUUUUACGUGAUAUUUGUGCCAAACUUGCUCGUAACAAACAAUUUUUUAUGUUCACAAAACCAGUUGAUGUAGAAGAAGUACCAGAUUAUUUAGAAAUUAUUAAAGAACCAAUGGAUUUAGAAACAGUUAUGAGUAAAAUUGAUAAGCAUUGUUAUGUUUGUGCCAGAGAUUUUCUAGAUGAUAUUGACCUUAUUGUUCGAAAUGCUUUGGAAUAUAAUCCAGAAAAAAGUGCAGAAGAUAAGCAUAUUCGACAUAGAGCAUGCUCAUUAAGAGAUAAAGCUCAUGCAUUUAUCAAAGCAGAAAUGGAUUCCGAUUUUGAAGAAAAUUGUUUAGAUAUACGAGAAAAACGGAAAAAAAGGAAUGCCACUGAAAUUGAACAAACUUGUGUUCCAGAAUUCGUACAUACAGUUAAAAAAGAACAGUCUUCUGACAAAAUGCAUGAGCAAAUUAAUAGUGAAGACAACAGCAGAAAAAGAAAACGACGCAAAAUGUGGCAAAAAGGAUACACCCCCAAAAAAAAAUCAAAAAGCCUAAAAAAUUCAAAAGAUAACAUAACAGCUAAUUCAAAUAAUGCCACAUUCAAUGGUUUUGAUUCAACUAAUGGUCUUGAUGAAAGUAGUAAUGAAAGUAAUCAUUCAUUAGCGUGGGAAGAAAGAUCUGUUACCAUUAGUCCUAUACCAAACGAAUUUAAUAAUUUAGAUGCAUCACCUCCUAUUAUUCGUCAAGAAUUUAAAGUUGACAAAACUCUUUUGUAUAAUUUCAUUAACUCAAUAGUUACAUUUUGGAAUGGAAAAAAUGAGUGGAAUGUGGAUGAUGGUAUCAUAGAUUUAUAUUCUAUGCUUGAUCAAAAAAUUUUACUAUACAAUGAAAAAUGGGAUCGAUCUUCAUUAAUUACAGAAUUAAAAACUGAAUUUGAAGAUUUCAAAACUCAAUAUAAUAAAGAAUAUGAAUGCACCGAAUAACUUUAUAAUUAAUUAUAUUACGUAUGCUGAGUUAAAUGAAACAUUUUAAUUAUAAUAAUUGAAUAACUGUAUAGUUAUUUAUUAAUGUUAAAAAAUUUCCUAGUUUUGUACUGCCAUUUAAUUUAAAUACAUAAUUUUAAUAGUUAU